CAGCAAUGGUGCACACCAGACCGUGAUUUUGCAAUAUGCUUUCGUUCGAAACUUUUCUUCAACUUUUCCUUUUGACCACUAUCGCUGCUGUCAUUGCAGAUGCCACUCCCUCCAAUUCGAGGCCGUCUGCCUCAGAUAACAGCUUAGAUGCUCGCUCAGCUACUGAUGUUGAUGGUACCUUUGAUGGCUGCCAUUACCAAGUUGAAGGCGCCGGAGCCUUCAGCAACCAUUUCUCGUUCGAUUUUACCACUAUGGAUACACUCCCGGACGAGUUUAUCGCUAGCACAUAUGAAGUUGGCUCUGGACCUUAUGCUCCUUAUGCGCACAUCUUCAAUCCUGAUAACAUCGUUCUUGGAACCGGUCAGCCCAUGCAGAUGAUUGUCCCUGGUGGCCAGACUGCAGAUCCUUUGGAUACAUGUCAACUGGUUACCAGAUACGACGACAUACUUUACGCCAGCGUACGAACUGUCGCCCAAGUCAGCCCUGUCAACGGAACUGUUCAUGGCUUCUUCAUGUACAUGAACGACACGCAGGAAACAGAUAUUGAGAUUCGAACAGGAGAUCCUGGUCAUGUGCAUUUUACCAACCAACAAACACACCCGGGCAACGGAGAGACGACCUAUGCUGUUGCUGCCCCAAGCACCAUGACCUCUGCCUUCCACGAGUAUCGUUAUGAUUGGCUCUCCACCGGCACAAACUUCUACAUCGACGGUGUCUUGACUUUGACUAUUACCCGGAACAAUCCGUCAAGUCCUGGAUGGUUGAUGUGGAAUUCGUGGUCAAACGGUUAUGCAUGGACGUAUGGACCUCCCCUUCAAGAUAACAUACUCUUGAUCCGGUCUGUCGAAGCCUAUUUCAACCGGUCGAGCGUCGAUACGUCCAACUGCGAACCGAGUGCAGCAACAAGUAUAAGAGCUACAUCUACUAGCGCUGGCGCUCGUGUCACGACCAAUGCAGCCGCAGUAAGCAGUCGUCCUACUUCUGCUGCUGACAUUGAGACCACCAAAACCGACGCUGACUACGAUUACUACUGGGAUUGCACCUGAUGCGACAGACACCGUCUCACCGGAGACAUCGUCUGCGAGCCCAACCCCGACCGUUUAUGCC